UAGACUUGGGUUGUCACGCCCUUAAUAUGACGACCCAAAACGGCCCAUCCCCAGGACCCAACUCCGACCAGCGCGCAGCCCCAAUAGGUCGUGGGAUUUCCUGGGUUUCUCCUAAACCAGGGUUGGGGCUGCUCAAGAAGGCGAUGUCGUUGUUGGACUGCUCGACUCAAGAAUUUGGCCGGAAUCUGAGCUUCAUUGACCAUAGAUUCGCUGUUCCACCUUCUAAAUCAAAAGGAAUUUGUCAAGGUACCAACUUCAUUUGCGAAAGUAAGAUCAUUGGAGCUCGCUACUACAAAAGUAUAAACUAUUAUGGCAGUAACGAUUUCCAGUCUCCAAGAGAGACUGAGGGGCAUGGAUCGCACACUUCCUCAACAGCAGCAGGCAGGGAGGUACCUAAUGCAAGUUACCAUGGGCAAGCAUAUGGAACAACAAGAGGUGGAGUUCCCAAUUCAGGGAUUGCCAUGUUCAAGGUUUGCUGGUCAUCGGAUGCAAAUAUCCUGGCAUCGUUUGACGAUGCCAUAGCUGAUGAAUUGAUAUUAUAUCAGUGUCUCUUGCUGCUUGGUACUAUUUCAUUGACACAAAUUUGCAUAUGGUUCAGGUCAUCUCAACCCAGUGGAUGCAAUACGAUGCAAAUGAGACAAAUCACAGAAAGUUAAUUCCUCUCAAGCAAUGGUAUAACGAUACCAAUCAAAGAAUGAUUACCGGCAACAACAGCAGUGCUUGCUCCAGCACAUAGGCUGGAAGAGCUUGGGAUCUUAAUUGCCCAUUAUUCUCUCUAGCUUUGCUGGAUGGCCAGGAGAUUAUGGGUGUUUUUACCAGGACAGUGACCAAUGCUGGCUCACCAAACUUACCCUACGCUGCUAGACCACACAUGCCUCCUAAUGUUAGUCUUAAUGUCGAGUCGUCAUUCUUCAUCGUCGGAGAAGAAAUCAUUUACAUUGGCAGUCAAAGGUCCAAAGAUUUCACAGCAGCCAAUUAUGUCAGGCAGGUGCAAUUAUAUGGGAAGGUGGAUUUCAUCAAGUGAUAGGCCCAAUGUGGCAUUUUGUAUCUUCUCUCUUUCCCUGUUUCAUCUUUAUCGUUCCAUCGUAUAAAGACCUGAAAACUUAAGGCUCCUUCAAUAAGGAGAUUAAAAAGGAUCACUUUACAAAAAAAA